AUGACCUAUGUCUCAAAUGAUCCCAGUUGGUGGUCGUUAAUCAAUUUGAAUAUUUUAGCCAGCUAUUGGCAAGCUGCCGCAGUUGUCGUGGUGGUAUACGAUUGGGUCUUCACACUCGGACAAGAGAUUCAACUCAUCUGGAGACAACGUUGGUCUCUCAUGACUGUGCUGUAUUUGACUAUACGCUAUAUUGGAAUACCGUUUUCUGUUGUCAAUCUUCUGAGCACUAUCAUGUACUACGCAUACGGUGGGACAAUUGUGGCCUUGAAUGCCAUCUUGGGCGUGAUCAUGAUUGCUCGGUUGCAUGCCAUGUAUCAGAGAUCUAGAACGAUGCUUAUAUUCCUUGUUAUUAUUUUCCUCGCUGUAAACAUCGCCUGCGGAGUAAUGGAGGCAAUAGCACUCAACGAUACUCCAGGGGAGGAGUCGAUACUCUCUGGCACAUAUAUGUGCGGUUAUGAAUAUGGAUGGGAUGGGCAGCUUCUGUUUUCGAUCACUUCGAUGCUCAACAUUGUUUGGGAGGUCCUCGCACUGUGCCUUUCAGUCCGGGUUGCUGUGAAACACUUCCGUGAGCUGCGACGACUCGGCCCAUCGACAGGAUCGACCAUUGGGGACUGUUUCAGAGUGCUCAUACAAUCUCACGUUCUUUAUUUUGCAAGCUUUCUUGGCGUCUCUUGCCUCCAGAUUGCUUAUAUCUCUCCAGAAAUCUUGAAUUCAUUUGCUAUUGGAACUCAGAUAUUCAAUAGUGCUUUUCAAAUUUUAUUGGUCGUGCAGAUGUUUGUGCUGGGACCACGCCUCAUCCUGAGCGUACGGGAAUACCACGCCAAACUCGUGGCAUACUCUGACGCAGAAACUAGCAUGAAUUCGAUUGUUUUCCGGGAGCAUGUACAUGUAUCAACUAGCAGUACUGUGUAG